AUGGCUCCGCGCUUGCUGGCGUUCCCGACGCCGCUGUCCUCGACGGAUCUGCUCAGCAACGCCAAACAGGAGUGGCAUCAGCAGCCUCACCUUGUCGGCCGCAACCUGCAGCACCCCAACCACACACAACAAGUAACGCUCGGCGUCAUCGCAGCCUAUGUCGUCGUCAUUGCUAUUCUAUGGAAUGUUCCCUACAUUAAGAACAUCCUCUGGCCUUUCAAGAUGCUUGUCAUUGCUUUCCACGAGUUUGGCCACGCCAUCACAGCGGUCUGCACCGGUGGCCGCGUCAAGUCCAUCAGCCUCGACCCCAACGAAGGCGGCGUCACCAAAAUGGUCGGCGGCAUCAGCGCCAUCACGCUCCCCGCAGGCUAUCUAGGAUCGUCCAUCAUUGGCGCACUGCUCACCUUUUGCGGCUUCAACAUUGUCGCAUCCAAAAUCGCCAGCAUCGUGCUGGGUGUCUGCUUCCUCUUGACACUGUGGUGGGGAAAGCGGGACUGGCUGACAGUUUUGACCGUGCUACUGGCUGUGGCUCUCUUGAUCGCGUGCUGGUUCAUCAAACACGCCGAAGCGCUGCGAUUUGUCGUGCUUUUUAUUGGCGUCAUGUCCUCACUCUACAGCGUGUGGGACAUUUGUGACGAUCUGAUCAUGCGCAAAGUCAACUCGUCGGAUGCGAGUGUCUUUGCGAAGCGAUAUGGCGGCUCGUCGCAGUGCUGGGGCGUCAUCUGGUCUAUAAUUUCUGUCUUGGUCAUGGCAGUCGGAAUUGUCGCAGGGCUCGCUGCGUUUUCACAGUCAUUUGAGCAACAACAGGAGGAUUCCAAGCACUUUAUCCCUACAUAA